CGGAAGUGAGGGAAAGGGGGAGGAGCCUGGUAGAAGAUGGCGUCUGUACGCUGUAGGCGAGACCCCUGCGGCGUUAUCUGUCUGAUUUUAACUUAUUUCAGCGUGUUUUAUGCUGACUACGUGGUCAUACAGUAUGUCCUCAUUCCUGCAUACUCGGGCAGUGUGUGGUGCACUCUGCAUGGCUCAGUGUUCAACCUGAUUUUGCUGCUGCUGCUGGCCUGCCACUCCAAAGCUGUUUUUUCAGAUCCUGGCAUGGUGCCUCUUCCUGACACAGCCAUAGACUUCUCAGACCUUCGUUCACAGUCGUCUCGGAUGAGUGAGCGUGGCUGUGAGGGUUGGACGGUGUGUAGUCGCUGUGAAACCUACAGACCACCCAGAGCGCAUCACUGCCGCGUCUGCCAGAGGUGCAUCCGCCGCAUGGACCAUCAUUGUCCCUGGAUUAACAACUGCGUUGGGGAGCUAAACCAGAAGUAUUUCAUCCAGUUUCUCUUCUACACUGGCAUGGCCAGCCUCUACUCCAUGGUGUUGGUGGUGACGGCCUGGGUUUGGCGGAUAAGGAAUGAGAGAGAAGGUGAUGCAGAUAAAGAAGGAGAGGAGGUGCCCAGUAAACACCUGAUAGUUGCUCACUACAUCAUCCUCCUGGUGGAGUCAGUAUUGUUUGGUGUGUUUGUCAUGGUCAUCUUCUAUGAUCAGCUGGUCUCCAUAAUCACAGAUGAGACUCCGAUAGAGCAGAUGAGGAACAGGUUGACAGUGAUCAAAGACAGAGGCUCUUCAUCUUCAUCCUCUUCAGCUUCCUUGUCCUUGCGACUCCCUCACCAGCUCUCACAUACCCGCAAGCCAAAGCUCGCUCUGCUGCGGGAGGUCUUUGGGAGAGGUUCGAUCUUUUGCUGGCUUCUUCCUCUUCACUCAAGCCCUCCAUCUGUCAGCGGCAUCACCUACUCCGCCCUGCCUGACUACGACGUCUGACCUUUGGCCUGUAAGAGUGAGAGGGAAUGAGGAAAGGAUGGCAAGCAAGGUUUUAUCUGUGUGUUUGCGUGUGAGAAUGAGUUUUCUGCCUAACUAUGAUGUCUUAUCUUUGCACUGAAUUGGUGAAGAGGGAAGGAGGACAAAGUCUGAGACUGGGGAUUAAAGAAGACUGUGUGUGUGUGUGUGUGUGUGUGUGUGAAAUAGAUGAAUGACUGAAUCAUCCACUGAGUGUGUGUGACAUUAUCCCCCAGGACUUACAGAGGAAACUCAGACCCCAGACUCAUGAAAAUAUGUUUCUUGUCAUGAGGAAAAAGCACUGACACUCUCCAUUUUGUUCCAGUCUGUAGUUUACUGUCAGCGUCCGACUGUUUUGACAUGUGGCGAUUUUAGCCUUGUGUGGACACAGUGGCUUUGACUGGAUUUAAAAAGGCUUAUAUGGCUACUUCUACACUAAGGCUGCUGAUACCAGACUUAAAUUUUGACCGUUUUCAUGCUCAGCAGUUCAGAUAUUGAGAUUUCUUGCUUGUGCAGCAACAUUUAGGCCAUCGUGAGACUGUCCAUGGAACCUGCAAGAUGCAGAUGAUGGAGAAUAAUAUUACAAUAUGCAAAGUAUUUAUUUGUACAUGUGAGAAUCAGGGGCUGUGCUACCCCAAAACUCUAAAGCUAGAAGUGGAGUAACUUGCAAAAAUGAGGCAUCAGUCUUAACUUUAAGGCUCCAGUUUUUGCUCUCAGCGUAAUUCAGUGUUGGUUUUUUUUAGCUUUAAAAGUAGCUUGGAAGGCUCAGAGAAGUAAGAGGCAGUCCAGACGACCCCUAAGUCCAUCAGACCUGCUUAUAAUCAGUCAACUGCUACAGGUUACAAGCCUUGUAGGGGCAGAUAGGUCUUUAACCUUUACAGUUUAUUUUCCGACCUCCGUUCCUGUAUAGUGCUGAAUAGUUUACACACCAACACAAACAAUGUGUCAGCCAGUCACUGUGGACAAAAAGAGUAGGUUUGCUCAUCAUAUCAAAAAGCUUAGCUUGGAACUUUAAGUUUCACAUAGGAAGGCUCCUGUAACGUACCUUGGGAACACAGGCUACAUACAGAGCUACGUAGCACCAACCAAACGAUUGCUGACUUUGAUCACCAUCAACCCUCAUGUUAGUUAAACCCCAGUACAUUUUUAUCAUGAUGUUUUUGAAGCAGUUGACUUCUUGCCAGUAUUUAUGCUAACAGAUGUUUUGGCUCACAAAGUUCCUCUGACAUUACACAGCAUGUAUCAUUUCAGAAAGCUGCUUAAUGCGGUCUGGGUUAGUGGUCUGGGGUCGGCUUCCUGUUUCAGUAUUCAUGUAUGUUUGACCCUUAUGUUCACCUGAGUGAACUAAGUGGUGAACCGUGAAAGCUAACUUCACCCAAAAAUUUGUAUGUUACUGAAAUGUGUUUUGCUUUGACAGAGACAUUUAUUUUUCAUUUUUUACAGAAUCAAAUUCUGUUUGAUGUAUUUUUGUGAUCCCAUUUAAUGUCCAAGUGAAUUUUUGAGGCUGCAUUUUAUUUAUUUUCACAUCCAUAUUAGUGGAGCUUAGUGAAUUAACAGUGCAAAACAGGCCAAGCUUUAAUUUCAUGAGGUACUGUAUUUGAUAAUUACCAGUACUUUCACUGUGGUCAUAUUUACUACCUGGCCAAAAGUAUGUAGACAUCCCAACAUUAUACCCAUGUGAUUGUUGAAUGUCUCACUUCAAAAUCACAGGCAUUAAUCUGCUGCCUCUUCUCUUCUGGUCUCAGUCAUUCCGCCAGAUGUUGAACUGGCUGCAGGGGUUUGUUCCCAUUCAGCGUAAAAAACAAACAAACAGUGAAGAUCAGUGUACUUUCUAUUAUUUAUUUCAUUCUCAAAUUGAUCACUGUAGGUCAAGAUUGCAAUUAUACCAUGAUGAUAACACUAUCUGGUGUCAAAUAUCACAUCUUUAAAAAGAUAAGUCUUAUAUGUAUUUAACAGGAUAAAAAGAACUAGCUAAGCCCCCUCCAUUACUUUCUGUAAAUAAAUGACCCCAAAGUGAUAUAAAGAUUGGAAUAAUAGGAACAAAAAGGAUAAAUUGGGAGUUUAUUGUGAAGUUUUGUGGUUCAUAAGCAAAUAAGACAUAGAAAUAGUCCACAGGGAGAUUCCUUUUUGUGGUGUAUACUGUCAUACUAACCUUGAACUGUAUUUUAACCUGGAGAUGUAAAUAAUAUUUCUUGUCAUCAGGUCCUCAAUGAAUCACCCCAACAUGCAGUCAGAGUACACUUCUCAGUGUUCUGCUAAAUCUCAGUGAACAGUCACUUCUUAACUUAUUUAUUGUUUUUAACUAUUCCGUGGAGUUAACUCUACCAAUAUUUUUAUGUGAGGGCUGAAGCUGCCUUUCUGUACUGACCAGGGUUUGGAUUUCCUGCUUCCUUAAUGUGAAUAUAGAGUAUAUUUAAAAAAAAUCUGUUCUUAUAGGCGACAUUUUACUUCUCCUACAUUAUGCAUGCUUCAGAGGCUGGGAAUGAAAGAUGAGAGUAUACAGCUGUUUACUUGCCAACAUAAAAUUUUAGAAUUAAGAGACAACAUGAAUCCUUAAAUAAAAUUACUACUAUAAAAAUACUUGAUUUCAAGUUAAAGUCCUGCUUUCAAAACCAUUCUGAAGUAGUGUAAAACAUAAAGUACUUCUUUCUGAAAUGUAGAGAAGAAUACAAAAUGGCAGAAAAUGGAAAUGCUGACAAAGUGCAAGUACCUCAAGUUUGUGCUUAAGUACAGUACUGGGGUAUAGUCCAAAACUGCACAGUAUUGUGGUUAUGUGCUCAGAUCAGAAACCGCUGUACUUGAAAAGCCUUCAGCAGCAUUUAAAUUAUUCUGCAUCUGAGAACAAAUUAUACUGCAGGACACAUUUGUUAACGCAACAACCGGAGGAAUUCUCUGUAUGUUGUGGUCAUUUUGCACAAGUUGUCAUGUAACUAUGAAGCAGUAAGACUACUACGGGUAACAUCUCUCCUUUUAAUUUGAAAGUCAGAGACACACAAAGGUAGCUUCACCUGUCGGUGCGUUUUUAUGUACAGUAUGUGUGUAUAUAGUAAUUCUAAUGUUUAUACAGUUUAUGUGAAUUAUCCAUAGUGUUCACGCUGGUCCUCAGAUGUUACUCGUAAAAUGAGAACACAUCACCUGUUAACUUUGAAAAGGUCUUUUUUUUGUGACUAUGAUAACAUGGAAGGAUCUACCUUUUUAAAAGGAAUUUUACAUAUUUUAUGAAUUGCUGAUACUUACUAUUUUAAAACAUGUUUAACCGUAGUUUGUCCUCAAGUGAAGAGUGAGAGAUGGUUGCGGUGGUUACGAGAGCAUACAGCCUUGUCAAAGGGUUUGUAAUUCUGUGUUCACACUCCAGCUGCGUUACAGGGUUUUUCUAUUAUGUUUAGACAAAACGUUUGUUGUCAUACUUCAUUGGCAUACUUACAUAUACUACAUAUUUAUGGCCUGGUGAUGUUUUGGAUGUUGCCAUUGGUGGUGUUUACAAUAUUUAAUCAGAACUCCAAAACUACACUGUGGUUACAUUGCAGUGCCUCCAUCCAAACCUUGUGACCAACAAGAGAUGACAUAUAACCCGGAAAAAGUUAUUCCCUUAAUUCUAGGCAAUAUCUCUUCUCAUCUUACCAAAAUAUAAAACAACUGGUCAGCUGAUGCUGCAUUCAGAAAUCAUCCAUCACGACGACAUGAGCUCUUAAAAUCCUCAGUUCUCCAUAAAGCCAGCUGAUGGAUGCAACUGCUUUUCAAGCUUCCCAUUAUCUUUCAAGCAUCAAUCAUAGAGAAUUGGAAAGCUUUGAUUGGCCGGGCCAUUUUUGCACUUUGCAGGCAACAAAAAUCAUUUGCAGCGAUGCUAGGAAGAGCAGAUACUUUAUUUUGAAUGUGUUUAGCAGAGAUUACAAGCUGCAUUCAGUAAUUUAUGAUCAGUUGCCCCAGGGUGCUCGGAUCCCAUUAUAUUUGCUUGCAAAUCUAGCUUUGAAUGUCUUUAGCAAAGGUUUCAGGCUACAUUCAGUAGUUUAUUGUCUAUCUAUGGACCAAUCAAUGGGCUUUUGGUGAUUUUGCUUGUGGUGUGAAAGCAUGUUUUCGGUGACAUGGCUCGAUGCAAUAACCACUAUCUAAA